AUGAGCCAGAAAAUCGGCGUCUUCCCGGCCUCCGGAGGCCUAGGAACAAGCAUCAUCAACCACCUCGUCAAGCUCGUCCCUGCCUCACAACUCAUCCUCAUCGCCCGCAACCCUGAAAAGCUAGCCUCGCUCUCCCGCGAAGGCGCAACAAUCCGCCGAGCAGACUACGAUGACCGCGCAACACUUGAGCGCGUCUUCGACAACGUCGGCGUACUGAUGCUGAUCUCCUACGCCUCCUUCGAGAUCCAACACCGAGUAGAGGCCCACAAAGCCGCCAUCGACGCCGCCCGCCGCAGCGGCGUCAAACACAUCUUCUACUCCUCGCUGGCCUUCGCCGGCGACCUGGGCGAGUCCAGCCUCGCGCACGUCAUGGGCGCCCACCUCGCGACGGAAAAGUACCUCGCCGAGCUCCCCGGCCACUUCACCUACACCGCCAUCCGCGAGGGCAUCUACUCCGAAUCCUUCCCGAUCUACACGGCAUGGUUCGACCUGCACAAUCCAGCCGAGGAGAUCACGAUUCCGCACCCGGGUACGGGGCCGGGGGUGGCAUGGGCGAAGCGCGACGAGCUGGGCGAGGCCACUGCGAAGAUGGUGUAUGCGUAUGCGAAGAACCCGUCUGGCUUCCCGUAUCUUAAUCGGGCGGUGCUGCUUUCUGGACCGAGGGAGGUGAGUCUGGCUGAGACGGCGGAGGUUCUGGGGCGGGCAGUUGGGAAGCCUGUGCGGAUCCGGGUGAUCACGGUGGAGGAGUAUGUGGCGCUGCCGCAGAUCGGGGAUAAGCAUACGUACCAUGGGGUGAAUCUGUCGAGGGAGUGGGCGACGGCGUGGGAGGCGAUCCGGGCGGGGGAGACAGCGGUUGUGUCGCCUGUUCUGGGGGAGAUUUUGGGGAGGGAGCCAGAGGAUUUUGAGACCACCAUUCAGGGGUUGGUUGGGGGGAGACAGUAG